AAGUACGAGUACGCAUCUUGUAUUUGGAUCGAACAAGUAUGAGUACUGGUCCAACAACAACGACGUGACCGAUUUUGAGAAAACAUCGCACAUUGAGCUUUGGAAUGCGACGAUGCUGCACACAGAAUCACUGAAGCCAGAGAUUCAGUCGUGAGAUAGCGUUUCGGACAAUGACCGCACGGUUCCACACAAACUAAAAGUUUCAAGAAAUUCGCUGAAGGAUCCUACACCACUCCGGCCGAAACCAUGAGCAGCAGCAGCAGCAGCAGCAAAAGCAGAUCCUGGAAGACUCUUUUCACCCAGCGGUUUGGGUGCCGCCUGCCCCUGAUGGGGGCACCGAUGGCGGGUGUUUCGGGGGGAUCCCUGGCGUACGAAACGUGUCGCGCGGGUGGCCUGGGUUUCAUCGCUGCCGGGCACCUGACCAGCGAGGCUUCGCUUGCCAAACUGGAGCGAGAAAUAAAAGUCUUUCGCGAUCUUGCAUCGCAGACACAACCGCAAUCGUCGGACCACUCGUUCCCGCUCGGCAUCGGAUUCAUCGGCCACUCGACCUUCGGAAAAGGCUCCGAGGGCUGGGGGCUCGUACGGCGCAUUCUGGAAUCCCACCGGCCCGAGUCCGUCCAGAUUUUUGCCCCCGCAAUUUCCAGAGCCCCGACCGGAGAGGACCCAUCGUUGUUCACCACCAACGUCGAGAUGUGUCAAUCGUUCGGAUGCAAGGUUAUCGCCCAAGUCGGUUCGGUGAAUGACGGGGUCGAUGCUCUUGCGGCAGGUGUGGAUUGCUUGAUUGCACAGGGCACGGAAGCCGGAGGGUAAGCUUGUUGGGGGCAGCUAAGGCCCAUGCCGCAAUUUAUUAUUUAUUGGUUUUGUUUUCAUCAAUUUUUAAUUCGUUCGCAUUGGUUCAGAUACAUGGGGCCAGGCACAAUCUUACACUUUAUUCGCGUCUUCAAAUACUCCUAUCAUUAACGACAGGCACGGAAUCCGGAGAGACGUGGGAAAUAGUACGCUAAGCCUAGCAUCUCGAUUGGUCCGCAUCGCCAGCGAAGGGCAAAGAAACGUCCCCGUGCUGGCAGCGGGGGGAAUCGUUGAUGGCCGGKGUCUGAUGGCCGCACUGAGCCUCGGCGCGGACGGAGCCGUGUUGGGAACGAGGCUCUGGGCUUCCGAGGAGGCCCUGGGGGACGGUGCCUACAAGAAUGCCCUGGUUGCUGCCGGGAGCUGCGACGACGUGGUCCGAACCCGGGUGUUCGACACCAUCUGGAAUUCGCAACGGAGCACAAAGUGGCCCUACCCGUUUGAUUCGUCCGGGGUACUGAGAAACCACACCACGGACGCCUGGGACGCCUCCAUUCCCGCACUUGAGAAGGAGUUGAGUUCCGACAACAAGGCGCUGGUGGAGGAGCUGAACGAUGCGGAAACAACUCAUCUUCCGAGCAAAGGUUGUGUUUACAGCKGGCAGGGGGUCGGAGAAAUCGACUCUAUCGAGCCCGCGUAUGAUAUUAUAAUGCAGAUUGAAAAGGACGCCAUGUCAUCUUUGUCCCGUCUUAGUGAAGUAGCAGGCGCGUGAAACGUGCGAGCGAGACCUUUGACCAUCAGGCAGUAUUCCUACGAAUGCGACGAAUUGGAAAAUAAUUCGUCCUUCCGGAUUCAAUCUCAUCGACUACGACUAAUUCAUUGAAAUGAUAGUCGUUAACUUGUGCAGUUACACUUACACAGAACAUCACCUCUAUGAUGUUUCGAUUGAGCAAUAUUUGGUGGAUUAACAUUUAUAUUUUUGAAGCAUCGUCAAAUUUCCCCCCUCUUUACUAUCAAUCGUUUAGCAAAAUUUUGAUUCGCAAUUUCUGUUGGAUUCUAGAGUUCUUAAAGGGAACACAUAGAUUCAAUCUACAAAGAAAUCGGCGAAAUCUUUCUACUUAGAGCCUCUGAACGCACACGGUUGCUCCCGCUCAGCGGCAACACCUUCUAAAAUUCCUUGAAAAGUGCUUGCUGCUGGGCAGUAAUGUUUGGCUUGUUGGACUGAGGCUGGUUUUCUUCGUGCCUGUACGAGUCAAAGUGCGACGCAUCCAGGGGAUCCUUAAUUUUGGGAAUCCAGGGUGCAGGGAUUUUCUUUCGCAACAACUUAUCGACAUCGAUAACGUUGAACCAGUAGUGAUCUCUGACAUCCAUGUCUUUUCGUGCGAGGCAUCCAAAUCGAUUUGCCUGGCGUCUUACGAUCAGCCGUUGGAUGAGAUCUUGGGCUGGUUCUGUCACCAGCCCGCCGGGAGGAAAUGCGUACUUCACCUGUACAAUUCGCUUGAACAAACUGACUUGAUCGGU